CAAUAGCAGCUGUACUUUAUCCACAUCACUCACUUAAUUUAGAUUUAGUUUUAAAAGCUUUUGUAUUUCGUGGUUUAAUGGGAUUAUUUACUAGUGAGAUGGCUGAUUUAAAACAUCAACGUGGACCAUGUUCAAUAAAUGCAACAACUCAAGCAGAAAGAGAAUAUGCUUGUCUAAGAUUAUCUAAUGGUCUUUCAUUUAAAUAUGACAAUCCUUAUGCAUAUAAAAGAUAUGGAAUACCAUCACAAAAUUGCAAUCAAACAUCAUGGAUAGCAUGGUUUUUACUUAUUCAAUAUUUCUUUUUAGCUAAACGUUUUCUUGUAUCACUUUUAACAGCGAUGUUUGGUUUAACUGGAGCGAGAGUACAAAGUCAGUCUCAGCAAAUUUGGUUGUAUGAUCGAUAUGAAAUUCUCAUGGAAUAUGCUAAACGACCACGUUUACCUCCACCUUUUAUUGUUAUUUCUUACAUCAUUAUGUUAAUAACAAGUUGUAGUUCUCGAUGUUUGCUAAAAUUAAAAGAAUAUACUAAUAAGAAAAAUUAUUCUACAAUUCGAACUCUUGCACAAUCAAUUCCAACAGCAAAAAAUAAUGAUGCUGAUACAGAUGAAUUCAAGAAUACAUCAAAUGAAGUAAUUCAAAAUCGUUCAAUAUUCCAACGUUUACUUCGUUGUAAACCAUGUCAAAAAAAUGCAGAUAAACAUAAUUGGGAAAAUGAUGAAACUAAUGUAUAUUGGAAAUACAAAGCUAAAGAAUUUUAUGCUAAAACACAAGAAGGUGAUAAAGCACAAGAAAAACUUGAUAAUUUAUCUAAAUGUUCAAUAAAUAUGCAAAAAGAUAUUGAUAUACUACGAAAAUCUUUACGACACGUCAGUGAUCGUGUUCUUACAUCAGAAAAAUUACUGAUUGAUGCACAAAUAUUACUUGAAAAAAUUCAUUCAAUAAUUAAACAAGAAGAUAAAUCAUUACCUGUAUAUCAAAAAUUUAUUCAUAUGUUAUCAAGAGAAUCACCGUAUAUUUAUACAUAUGAAGCACGAUUUCCAGUUACAGAAAGACAUAUUCCUUGGAAGGCUUCAUUUGAUUUAUAUGAUCCAACAGUAAUCUCAUUACCAAAACAACACGAUUGUUUUCAAAACUCUGAACGAUUAUUUGUUGAAGCCGAUUUAGCUAUUGAACCAUCAGUGACAACAACUACUGAUAUUACUAUUCGAUUAACAGAUUAUAAAUGGAAUCAAUUUGUUGAAUCACAACUACCCGAUGGAAAAAAGAUCAUUAUUGAUCGAACAACUUGGAUUGCAACUUCUGAAGAUAAAACAUCUUUAGUCUAUAGAUUAGAUAAUCAAUUAUCAAUACCUUUGAAUCCCAUGGGUCGUACAGGUGUACGUGGUCGUGGUGCAUUAAUUCGAUGGGGACCAAAUAAAUCUAUUAUGACUGUAAUAACACGAUGGAAAAAAUAUCAUGAUCAAUUUGUUGUUAUUGAUGGACAAAGAAUUUUAGAAACAUUAGUGUUUAAAGAUAAAUAUACAAAUGGUUGGAAAUUACCUGAAGCAAAAAUUUUAGGUAUCGAAUCUCCACAUGGUGCUAUAUGUCGUAGUUUUCAUGAGCUUGCUUUUAAAGAUAGUGAUUCUGAACAUAGGUUUUCAUUUGAAGAAAGUGAUAUGAUUAAAUAUUUUGAAUCAUUUGCUCGUGCUUCUAUUUCUACUUUUGAACCAACUGGAUUUGAAUCUCAUAUGGUGUAUCGAGGAUACAUUGAUGAUCUACGUAACACAGAUAAUGCUUGGGUAGAAGCAGAAAUAUGGAAUUUUCAUUACGAUUCAAACAUGCCAUUUCCUAAUUUACGUCAAGAUGAUGUGGCAAUAUGGAAAGAUGUGACGAAUAAUUCUCGAGGUUUUCUUAUUCAAAUAUCAAUUCUACGUGAAAUAGCUCGAAUUCAUCAGGCUUUUUUUGAGUGA